AUGUUCCAGCAUCCGGUUCGUCGCCGCCUCGCCGCGGCGGCAUGGAACUGGAACCGAGCCACCGCCACCCGCCAUUUGGGGCCUGGCGGAGUCCGGCAGCUUGGAUGGACCAAGGCGGCGAGCGACGGCCACGCCGCGUCGGCGCAGGAGAAGGCGCAUUAUGUGCCGCCCCUUUUCAGCGCGAUGAGGGCAGAUUCGGCCAAAUACUCCACCACGCCGGAUCCGAAGGAGGAGCAUCCGGAGCCGGAGCUGGAGGAGACGCCGACCUUUUCGUGGGAGCUCCAGUGCUUGCUCAACGAGGACUUGUACAAGGACCAGAUGAAGAGAAUCCCAGCGACUUUCACCUCAAUCAGGGACUACACGAGGUCCUUCCUGGUGCCACUGAUGGAGGAGAGGCGCGCCGGCGUCCGCGCCGCGCUGGAAGGCAUCGGCCACGCGCCGGUGGCUAAGGUGGACUGGAUCGAGGAGUACCGACGACGAUGUGGUGCUGUUGACGCACCGGGGCCGACGUGCACGUCGGUGCCGGAGCAGCCGUGCGCCAUAGCGAUCGUUAGAGGCGACGCGGUGACCGAGGGUUUCAAAGUCCACACUCUGGUGGAGCUGCUAUCAGGUAGUCUGCCGCUCAAACAACAUGACGGAAGGGCGGAAAAGAUCGCAUUGUCUCUUUUCGCGGUGCACCUGAUCAACCACAAGACGGCAAUGUAUGCUCCGAGCCGGCUGCCUACCGCCGAUCAUGGGGACAUUAACGUCAUUCAGAAAAUUGCCAAGUAUACUCCAAUGGUUGGCCAAGAGCGCAAUUUGUUGUUGCCAAAACCACCUCCACAAAUACUACCACCAGACAAGGCGCUUGAUGAUGGUCUCGAGAAAUUCAAGCUCAGCCCCUCGCAGCACAACGCGGUGCUGGACUGCGUUUCAGCAAUGCAUCAAGAUACGUCGUGUUGGGUGCGCCUCAUCUGCGGGCCUCCGGGGACAGGGAAAACCAAGACCAUGGUGGCCCUGUUGUGGUCCAUGAUGAUGAAGAACCACAGGACACUGGCCCUCGCCCCGACCAACACCGCGAUGAUGGAGGUCGCGUCCAGUCUCCUCGCUCUCUUCGAUCGCGAUUCGCCCUUCUCCUGGAGCGACGUGGUGGUGCUUGGCAGCAAGGAUCUUGUCUAUGCCGUGGAUGCAAACCUCAGGGAGAUGUUACUCCAGCGGCGUAUUUCCCGGCUCAAUCAUGUCGAGGACUGGAGCGACCAUUUGAACAACUUGUUACACCUUCUUGAGAAGCCGUGGAGUUUGUAUUGCUCGUACCGUUGGGACGCCAGGAAGGAGUACGAGGAAUGUGAUUGGGAGCUGCAGGGACCAGAGCUCGGGAGGUGGGAUGAGCAAGGAGGGACAGUGUCAUUUACGGAAUUCUUCGUGGACAACUACGAACACUUUGAAGAAUGUCUGCGCCGCUGCCUAAAAGCUUACCGCAACGACCUCCCCCUCCCCGCAAGGUGCGAGCAGAGCUUCCCUUUUAUAGAUGAGCUCCUGCACGCGCUCGAAACCUUGGGGGACCUCCUGCGGGCCGACCCGGAACGGCUGAUGCGAAAGCUCUUCUUCAAGAAGCCGGUGGGGUGGCCGGAGUUUCUGGAAGCAAGAGCCGUGUGCAUCGACAAGCUGAAGCAAUUGCCCGACCACUUUCACGUCCCAACCUCUUAUGACAAAUUCGAAGAGUACAUACUGAACAAUGCUAAGAUCAUACUUUGCACCGCUUGUACCUCGUCCCAGCUGAGCCAGGGCAGGAAACUUGGGGAACUUAAGCCAAUCGACCUUCUUGUCGUUGAUGAGGCGGAGCAGCUGAGGUAG